AACAAAAGGUAUAAUUUCAAUUUCCUUCGAUAGCAAAUCAUUGUGGAACGUGGAAAAAGGUCAGCAGCAGGAGUACGAUAUGGAUUUUAUCUCGCAACGAAAAGUGGGUCACAUCAAAAGCGCCUGUGCGCACGCUUCGAUUAUCGAUUGAAACGUUACGUGCCUUGAGUUCGUACGCUGGAUCUCAUUUAUGUGAAUGCAGUGACUGUGGAUGUUCGUAGUGUGACUUUCUCGCAGUAGGCCAGUGGCUGACAUCUUUCGUUUGUGGUCCGUGUGUGAUCGUGAGUUUCGGAAAAAUGCGGUGAAAUUCAAUAUACAGCGACGUGCCUUCGCGAAAUCGGCCAUUUUGAUAGUACGUGUUUCGCGAAAACGGAUAGGAUCACUUUUGGCAGCUACCCUCAACGGUUGUGCGUGAAAGUGGUGGCAGCUCGGUGUCGCCCACAGGACACAGCCGUAAAACUGAAAACGAUCGUGUUCUUGGGCUAGUCAGCAAACAGUCUCAACAAAAUGGCAGGAAACGCGGGUAUGGAACAAUUAAUUCCGAUUGUGAAUAAGCUGCAGGAUGCCUUCACACAGCUUGGGGUGCACAUGCAACUUGAUUUACCACAAAUCGCAGUAGUAGGUGGUCAGAGUGCAGGAAAAAGUUCUGUUCUUGAAAACUUUGUUGGAAAGUAAGUAUUUAAUGUCCUGUCGUUUCAUCGUUUUUCUUUUUUAAAACAUUUUCCAAUCUUUUGUGAAUCAGAAGAAUUCAAACGUUUGAUUAAAGGCGUGGCGAACUACGCCACAUUAUAAUUUUAAUAUCCGUCAUCAAUUAUUUCAAUUUGAGUAUUUCUUUAGGUUAACUAUUUUAAUCGAUCGAUCUUGUCAUCAAAAUUAACUAUAUCUUUAUAAUUCGUGGCCGCCUACACAGUGACCUGUCAAAUGAUUAUUCUUUCCCGUUGGUGUAAUAUUUAACCUUCUACUGAAUUGCCUGAAGUAUACACAUAUAACGAAGAAAAUUAUUAAUGCAAUUGUUCUCAGUUUA